UCGCCUGUCAUCCGGAGAGAGAAACGUUGACUUCGGAGAUUCCAGCCCAGCGGCGUCCCAUUGUGCUUUUGGGGGCCGAGUCCUGCAUAAGCCCAGGUGACUUAUUCCGGGAGGCCCCAGUCCUGAGUGUUGGGCACAGAACCGCCACUACAGCCACUGCCUCCGACUCUGACGGCCUAAAGUGGAAUCAUGGCUGCCGGCUGCUUCUAUGUGUCCUGCCUGGCCUUGGGCUCCCUGGGCUCCAUAUGUCUGCUCUUCACUGCCUACUGGAUGCAUGCCUGGCGCGGGGGCUUCGCCUGGGAUAAAACCUUGCACAUGUUCAACUGGCACCCCGUGCUCAUGGUCGCCGGCAUGGUGGUGCUCUACGGAGCUGCCUCACUGGUGUACCGCCUGCCCCAGUCAUGGGUGGGGCCCAAGAUGCCCUGGAAAGUCCUGCAUGCGGCCCUGCACCUGGCAGCCUUCAUCCUGACCGUGCUGGGGCUCUUCGCCGUCUUCCAAUACCACAACCAACAGAAAAUUGCCAACCUCUAUUCCUUGCACAGCUGGCUGGGCAUCACCACCGUCUUCCUCUUUGCCUGCCAGUGGUGCUUGGGCUUCUCUGUCUUCCUGCUGCCCUGGGCCUCUGAGUGGCUGCGCGCCCUCCUCAAACCAUUCCACGUCUUCUUUGGAGCCUCCAUCCUCUCGCUGGCCAUGGCGUCCGUCAUUUCUGGCAUCAACGAGAAGCUGAUCUUCAGCUUGAAAAACUCCACCCACCAGUACUCGACACUCCCCAGCGAGGCCGUGUUUGCAAACUGCACUGGGAUGCUGGUGGUGGUCUUUGGGCUGGCAGUGCUCUACAUUCUCCUCGCUUCGCCGUGGAAGCGUCCAGAGCUGGGGAUCCUGACUGACAGACAGCCCCUACUGCAUGACAAGGAGUGACUUGGGAAGGGGCGUCCACGAACAGCUGGUGUCCCUUCAGCAGUUCUACUGUACCCUGGCUCCCCCUUGGCCGUCUGGACACAGCAAGACUAGCACUGGGCGCUGGGCCCGAACCCCUGCUCGCCUCCAGCCUAGGCCUGCUCCAUCAGUCGCUGCCUGCCUGCCUGGUGCCUUUGGCUUCACCCCCAUCUCAGCCCACUUUGCAGGCUAUUUUGGGUCCUCCCUUUCCAUACGGCCACCUUCAUCCUGGCUGAUCCCAACUGCGGGACGUGGAUGACACAGUCCUGACGCCUAAUCUCCCAUGGGUCGGAAGGGACUCAGAGCGGUUGAGUGUGGGGAACCAACUUUGGUUUUCCCCUUUGAGAGGUACUUUGCAUGGAACAGGUUGCCCUCUGAUUUCAGGAGCGGUGAUGGACAUGGGGCACAGGUGGCGGCUUCGCUGAGGUGCUAACUGCUCUCUGCUCUUCUCUUUCUUGCUGCUGCCUCCUGUGGCUACUUCUAGCUGCUGCCUCAGCUGGGACCUGGAUUCUGGCCUUUCCCUGUGCCCAUCGCCUGCAAGCAGCCCCAUGAGCCGUGGUGACCCUCCCAAGAACAGCCUGUCAGGUGGAGAGUGGGGGUCUUGGAACAGCUUCACUUCCUUGACUGCUGCAGGGCUGUCCCGGACACACGCCAUUUUGCUGCUUUCUGAAUGGGCCCUGGCUCUGCUGCUUUCACCCUCCAGCUUGCCAUUAACUGUGCCUAGCA